UCCUCCGCCAGGGUCUCUGAUGUUUGCUGCUGUUGCGAUCUCGAGCUUUGAGGUCUGAGGUGCAACUGCUGUCAAUGUCUGGAAUGCAGCCGUCAUGAUGGGUUCCAGAACAGCAGGGGGGGCCACAGCCAAGGGUCCGGCAGUCGGCACGCACCGCCUGCAUCGUGCCUUCCAGGUCUCAUGCCUCCACGACGUCCGCGACUUCCUUCAGCUCGGCCAUGACAACAAAACAUAUGCGCUGAUGUAGCGCUUCGACUCUUCAACAAGCUUCAAGCCUGUCGCAAAGAUUUCGGCAACCGUCGCCGGCGACUGCCGCAAUGCCGCUCUUCACCCCCUCGCGCAUCGCGGUGAUAGUCAUCACCUUCUCAUUGAUCAGCUUCCUCUGGACCUUCGGCCUCCCUCACCAGCUUGCCGAGCCCUCGUUACCAAUUAUUCAGCACCCCGCCAACGAUGCAAAACUUGACGACCCGAUUGCACCCGCUCCCGUCAUCCACACCUCACACGCGACAGUACCCGAAUCCAAACCCACACCGACAUUGCACGGAGAUGGGCCGAAGCAGGAAGACGACCACCAAUGGGACGACAAGACGAGGGAGGCUGGCCACGCCGAGGAGCAGACGUCGCUGUCUGGGCCGAAGGAGACGGGCCCUGCUGGGCACGAGGAUGAUGGAGGCAGGUGGAACGAUCAAGGAAAGUCCAGGGCGAGUGGUCAGACUGCAGGUCCGGUGCUCGCCAGUGCAAGUCCAGAACCUAUCAUGGCCCUGAUAUCGAACGCUCCCAACACGACGACCGCAACUGCUACAACCAGCUCCUCAGUCGCGCCGUACCGCCACACCGCUGCCCCAGUCCAGGGCUUCUGCAAGGAUGUUCGCAACGCUCAACACGUCAUGGUCAUUGUCAAGACCUCGAAGGCUGAAAUCUACGACAAGCUCUCCGCGCACCUCCUCGGCCUCCUCUCUUGCGUCCCCGUUUUCGCCAUCUUCAGCGACCAUGCCGGCCAGAUCGACGGCAUACAGGUGCAUGAUGCGCUACGCGACAUCAGCUCUGAGGCGAAACAGCACAACGACGAGUUCCGCGAGUACAACAUCAUCAAGGCAGAUCCCGAGUACAAACCAGACGCAAAGAAGACAAAGGAUCUGGACAAGUGGAAGGUCCUGCCUAUGGUGUACCAGGCGUACCAGAUGAACCCCCACGCCAAGUUUUACGCAUUCAUCGAAGCAGACACAGGGUUGAGCUGGACCAACCUGCUACAGUGGGUGGACAGGCUGGACUAUCGAAUCCCGUACUACAGCGGCGCGCAAUCGUUCAUCAACCGCGUACAAUUUGCCCAGCGCGGUCCCGGCAUUCUACUCUCGCAAGGUGCCCUACGACGAUACGCCAAGUCAUACGAAGAGCGGUGGGCAGAGGAGUGGGAGAAGCGAAUCGGCAAGGAAUGCUGUGGUGACUACAUCCUUGCAACUGCUCUCAACGACGCACAUGUCGAACUCUACACAUCGUGGCCACUCAUGCAGGGCGAACAACCGGCCACGCUCGACUACACCACGAAGCAAUGGUGCACACCUGCCGUCUCCUGGCACCACAUGGAUAAAGACGCGCUAAGCAAGAGCUGGGAUUUGCAGAAGAAGUGGACCGACAAGCACGGCUGGGAGAAGCCGUAUCUCUACAAGGACGCGUUCGAGGAAUACGUGCAGCCACACCUGAAGGCGCAGGUAGAGAAUUGGGACAAUCUGAGCUCAGACACGAAGAUAAUUGCGUCGGAAGGCCGCCAGAAACAGACCGAGGGUGAAAAGGGUGAUGAUGCGCGCACGGCGAAGGAGAAGCUGGAGGAGGCCGCGUCCAAACCACCGCACCGGCGAGACGCCAAAAACGACGAUAAGAAAGACGACAAAAAAGAAGACAAGCAAUCCGAAGAAGAGCCCAAAGAAAUGGUCGACUGGACCGUCAUCGGCACCAUGGUCAAAGACGGUGCCAACAACCCCGAGUCCUGUGAGAAGGUCUGCACGGAGGUCGAGGAUUGUCUCCAGUGGCGCCAUACCACGCAUGGGGAUGGCGAGUGUCAUUUGAGUAAGGUCAUUAGGUUGGGCCGAGCGACGGAGAAGAAGGAUGGUGCUUGGCAGUGGACGAGUGGGUGGAUGGUCCCGAGGAUCAAAGAGACGGUAAGGGGGUGGGAGUGCAAGGAGGUUAAUUGGAAGUUCUACCAGUAGAAACAUUGGAGAGGAAGGGGUCAGUUGGCGUUAGGGAGCAGGUUACCGGGAAAGCCAAGGCGUAUAGCAUAGCCUGAAUGGCUGUUUUUUGUUGUUUUGUUGAAAUCUGUUGUAUGGUAUACCUUUCCAUGUAGAUCCUGAAUGCUAAGCAUAUGAAACUUCAA